AUGCCGAACGUCACCAUUAUCAACGACACGCAAGUGCCGCUCAACAUCUGCUUGAAACAAGUGUCGCCGCUUCACUAUGCCAACUCGGUUCCGCCCAACGGAGGCCGCGCCACCAUGCAUACUGGUCGCGUGUGGUUCACCAUCCAGGCCCGCAUAGACCGCGGUGACAAUGGCUACGACAAGUUCCAAACUUAUGCACCUAUUGCUGCUAUCACCAUUGGCGCAUUAUCGCUUGGGGCGGGUGCGAUCUACUUUGCCGGGGCCGCUGUUGCCGCCGGUGGCACCGUCGCCGCCGUUUCAGCUGUUGCGGCAAGAAUCUCGGCUGCUGUUGCCACACACACUCCCACGGCGAAGCGACUACUCAAGUAUGCAUCGAAAGGUCAGACAGUGGCCAAGAUUGGACAAGUGGUUGGAAUCGGUGGUGGCGCGCUCGCGGGCGCAAAAGGAGCAAAUGGCAAAACGAAACCGGUGGACCAACAACUGAAAGACAAAGCUGCACAAGCAUCCAAGUCUGCACUUCAAAAGCUAUUGCAGGGUAGUGUACUCAGUUCGGCUGGCUGGUUCAUUGAUCGAGACCGCACCAUUCGUAUCACCGGUGGUCCGAAUGCAACUAUCACCGACGGAGGAUUGCUCGUCAUCGAGACCGACACAACGGUUCCGUUCAAGCUUGUGGACGAGACCGGCAAGACGGUGGCAGUGGGUAAUCAGGCACCCGGUGAUCCAGUUCCUACCUUUGCAGCAGCAGCUGCUGCUGAUGGCCUCGACCAUACAGAGGACGCGGCCAAACUCAACACGCCACCAGGGGCAUCGGUAGCCAUGGGCGUUGGAUCGGCCACUGCAACAGCAGCUGCGUCGGGAGGGGCUCCAGUGUUACAAGCAGAAGGCCGCAAGCAGCAAAAGAAGAAGGACGGCUUCUGGAUGCGCACGCUCAAAGGUGAUGACGGCUUCUAG